GCAUGACAAUUCCUCGUAAGCUAGAAAAUGAUGGACAAUUGAUUCAAAGAUGGCGAACUAGAGUUGUCAGUGGGGUUUGUGUCCGUUCGAACGAUCUUUGAUUUCGGAUUUAUCAGUUAAUUAAUCCAAAUAAAGGGAGCAUGAAAGCUUUCGGGUGUUUGUUCCAAGUGGGAAAUGCGAUUUUCUAGUGUUCGGUGUGUUCACGUUCGGUUCGGUUUUCUCGUCUAGAACAACUGAUUGUUGUGAAGGCUGUGAAGUGAUUUUUGCAAGGAAUUCGGCGACAAUCUGGGUGAGCCAGCUAUAAGGGUAUGAUUGCAAGCCAUGGGAGCCCAGAAUACCAAGGAAAGAACUGUUUCGACUGGAACCCAUUCAAUUAGGACUGCGAGAAACAGGCCUAGAACUGUGAAAGAUGGACGACAGAUUGUCUCCAAUAUUUUCACUGAACACAGUGAUCCAGUAGGUCUAAUCAAAAAACUUCUUGUUAGAAAUGAAGCCCUGCUGCAAAGUCGACCGCUGCMCCAUAUUCCGAGCCUCCCAGAAUCGGAUCCUCCUUCCAGCGGAUCGGGAGGAGCGRCCAGCGGACUUGCAGGUUYCACCUUAUCGUCCAGCGGUACCAGCGGAGGAGCCGGGGCUUCAACGCCCCUUUCUCUUGAGGCGGCCAAUCGCUGGACCUCCAAAGAGAACCUGCUGGCUCAGGAGGAGGACGAUCCUCAACUCUUCGUAGCUUUGUACGACUUCCAAGCUGGCGGCGAGAAUCAGCUCAGCUUGAAAAAAGGGGAACAAGUGAGAAUACUCAGCUAUAACAAGAGCGGCGAGUGGUGCGAGGCUCAUUCGUCGUCUAAUUUGAUCGGAUGGGUUCCGUCCAACUACGUGACGCCGGUUAAUUCGMUGGAAAAACACUCUUGGUAUCAUGGGCCCAUAUCCAGAAACGCUGCCGAAUAUCUGCUAAGCUCUGGAAUAAAUGGGAGCUUCCUAGUGAGGGAGUCGGAGAGCAGCCCUGGACAGAGGAGCAUUUCGUUGCGAUAUGAAGGACGAGUGUAUCAUUAUAGGUGCGAUUUAACCCGUUUAUUCAACAUGRUAAACAUUUAA